GACGCGGAAUUCGAAGUUCGGUCUCGACGCUCGCAUCACCUUAAAAAUUUAUUAAUGUCCACAUAUUAACGCAGUUGAAACCACUAUCUUUUUAUGUUAAAGUUAUCAUGCAUACUAUAGUAUAAUCAGCAUAAACAAACAUAGCUAAGAGAUGUUUUAUAUUAUGGUAGAACUCACUUUACAGGAUGUUUUUUAUCGGUUUGAUAUUGUAAUUAAAAUAUGGUGAAAAUAAGAUCAAGUUUAAAAAAGAGGUUAAAAGGAAAGUUUGUAGUGCUUACCUUACUGAUAAAUGCUUUAUUUGUCUCAUAUUUCCAGAAGUCAGAAGGAAAAGGAGAAAUGGAAAUGGGGAGAAGAAGAAUUAGAAGAAGUAAAAAAUUUCAAAUACCUAGGGUAUCACUUCCAGAAAAAUGGAGGAACGGAGAUGCACUGGAGAGAAACAGCGAAAAAGGCGAUGAUAGCGAUGAAGCAAACAUGGGGAAUAGGAGAUAGAAGAUUCAAAAACAACUUUGAAAGAAGGAUGAAGAUCUAUAGAAGUUUGGUGAAAAGCAUCAUGAUGUAUGCAGCAGAGAUAUGGAGAUAGAGCGAAUCAGAGAGACUUGAAAAAUUACAAACAAAGUACAUAAAAUGGAAAUUAGGCUUGGACAUAGUGCAAAUGGAUAUAGUAAUGGAUGAAAUAAAGGAGGACAAAAUAAGAAUGGAAGCAGGCAGGAGAGCGGUGAAAUACGAAGAAAAAACAAGGGCGAAAGGAAUUAACUAGAUAAUACUGGAAUGCUGGAAAGAGGUAGAUACAAAAUGCGAGAAAAAAAGAUCGAAAUGGGAAGACCAGAGAAGACAAUACUAUGAAGAGAAAGGAAUAGAAAUAAAGGACGUCAAAUCUAGAUGUAUGGGAGACCUGACGCUAGCAGAAAAUCUAUCACAGUUAGACAGAGCAAAACAGUGCCAAUCUUUUUACGACAGAAUAGUAACAGGAAGGUAUAACGGAAAAUACAGAGGAAUAAGGGAAGAAAACCGAGCUUAUUAUCUGAAAGCAGAAUACAAAGGCAGGGACCAUUCAAUGAUUACAAGGUUCAGAUGUGGGAAUGAAGAAAGAGGAUCAAGAGCAGAGGAGAAAAUGGAUGAGGAAAAUAAUUCGAAGAAGGAAGGAGAUAGACCAGAGAUAGAAGACCUGAAGUUUACGGACGAUAUUGUAUCAUCUUAAUGUACAUAAUUUAUAAAAUAUUGUAGGCGCACUCAUGUGCCAAACCCCCUUUCAAAGGCGAAAGGCAAGAAAUAAAGUUAUCUAUCUA